UUCCCACCAUACAUAUAAAAUCAAUCCAAAUCACCAACCGCCAAUUUUUGGGCUUCACAGAGCUCUCAUCUGCAACUCACUGAUUAUUCACUUUCCUUUUCCGGAACUCAUCAAAAUUAGAGAUAUGUCUUCGAUAGUGAAAGACAUAUUGAUAAGAUCGACAGCAGCGAGUGAUCAGGUGCAUGCACGGAACAAAAUUAAAGAGAAAUUGGGGGCUCGGAUUCAGCUCAGGCCGCACCCUCGUCCCAUCCGAUGGGCUCGAUCUGCCCGGUGCCAUGGUUCGAGCAUCGAGCCAGCUGGUUCCUCGCCCGGAUCAAGAUUACGGGCUGAGGCUCUUCUAACUCCUGUUUCGGACCCCACCUCGACUACUAAUAAGAGGGUGUUCACUUUCGGCAAGGGAAGGAGUGAAGGAAACAAGGGUAUGAAAUCCUUGUUGGGGGGAAAGGGUGCAAACCUUGCUGAGAUGGCGAGUAUCGGGCUAUCUGUGCCCCCGGGCCUCACCAUCUCUACUGAGGCGUGCCAAGAGUAUCAACAGGUAGGCAAGAAGCUGCCACCGGGGCUGUGGGAAGAGAUAAUGCAGGGCUUGAAGAUAGUAGAGGCCGACAUGGGAGCUUUCCUUGGUGACCCCUCCAGGCCUCUUCUCCUCUCCGUUAGAUCUGGAGCCGCGAUCUCCAUGCCUGGGAUGAUGGACACUGUGCUGAACCUCGGGCUCAAUGAUGAAGUAGUGGAGGGUUUGGCUGCAAAGAGCGGAGAGCGCUUUGCAUACGACUCGUUUAGGCGUUUUCUUGACAUGUUUGGAGAUGUGGUGAUGGGCAUUCCUCAUGCACUAUUCGAGGAAAAACUCGAAUACAUGAAAAGUGCCAAAGGCUACAAGCUCGACACUGAGCUAACCGCAUCUGAUCUCAAAGAGCUUGUUGAGGAAUACAAGUCUGUAUAUGUCCAAACCAAGGGAGAGAAGUUUCCGUCAGAUCCAACGAAGCAGUUGGAGUUGGCUGUCAAGGCAGUUUUCGAUUCUUGGGACAGCCCGAGGGCGAACAAGUAUAGGAGCAUAAACCAGAUAACAGGACUCAAGGGAACUGCUGUCAACAUCCAAUGUAUGGUGUUUGGAAACAUGGGAAACACUUCUGGAACGGGCGUCCUCUUCACCAGGAACCCGAGCACUGGAGAGAAGAAGCUCUAUGGGGAGUUUCUCAUCAAUGCUCAGGGAGAAGACGUCGUUGCUGGAAUCAGAACGCCAGAGGAUAUCCAACUUAUGGAGACUCAUUUGCCAGAAGCUUACAAGGAGCUGGUGGAGAACUGUGAGAUAUUAGAGAGACACUACAAAGACAUGAUGGAUAUUGAGUUCACCGUGCAAGACAAAAGGCUGUGGAUGUUGCAGUGUCGGGCAGGGAAGCGUACGGGCAAGGGUGCUGUGAAGAUCGCGACAGAGAUGGUGAAGGAGGGGCUUGUUGAUACCCGACAGGCAAUCAAGAUGGUCGAGCCUCAGCAUCUCGACCAGCUUCUUCAUCCACAGUUCGAGGAUGUGUCAUUGUACAAGGGCAGUGUGAUAGCCAAGGGGCUGCCUGCAUCUCCGGGUGCAGCGGUUGGACAGGUCGUGUUCAGUGCUGAGGAUGCUGAGACCUGGCAUGCUCAAGGAAAGAGUGCCAUUUUGGUAAGAACUGAAACGAGUCCAGAGGACGUGGGGGGCAUGCACGCGGCUGUUGGAAUUCUGACUGCUCGAGGUGGCAUGACAUCACACGCAGCUGUGGUAGCCCGUGGCUGGGGGAAAUGCUGCGUCUCUGGCUGCUCAGAUAUACGUGUCAAUGAUUCUGAGAAGUUUGUCUCGGUCGGAGACAAAAUAGUACGGGAAGGAGAGUGGAUAUCGCUUAAUGGCUCCACAGGUGAGGUGAUCUUGGGUAAGCAGCCGCUUGCUCCCCCAGCCCUGACCGGGGAUUUGGAGACGUUCAUGGCCUGGGCAGACGAGAUCAGGCGUAUCAAGGUCAUGGCGAAUGCGGACACACCGGAAGAUGCACAAACAGCUCGGAACAAUGGCGCUCAAGGGAUCGGCUUAUGUAGGACCGAGCACAUGUUCUUUGCCUCUGAUGAGAGGAUCAGGGCUGUCAGAAAGAUGAUAAUGGCAGUGACAACUGAGGAGAGGAAGAAUGCUCUUGACUUGUUGUUGCCUUACCAAAGAGCUGAUUUCGAGGGUAUUUUCCGUGCAAUGGACGGUCUGCCGGUCACAAUCAGACUCCUUGACCCUCCGCUCCACGAGUUCCUUCCUGAUGGCGAUCUAGAGCAGAUUGUUAGCGAGCUAACUUUUGACACAGGCACAACUGAGGAACAAGUCUACGCGAGGAUUGAAAAGUUGUCUGAAGUGAACCCCAUGCUUGGGUUCCGUGGAUGCAGGCUUGGCAUAUCCUAUCCCGAGCUAUCAGAAAUGCAAGUCCGCGCAAUACUUCAGGCUGCUAUCUCUUUGACAAACCAGGGUGUCACAGUGUUCCCGGAGAUCAUGGUGCCUCUAGUCGGAACACCUCAGGAAUUAGGGCAUCAGGUGCGUCUGAUACGCGCUGUUGCAAAGACCGUGUUCUUGGAGAUGGGGACGUCGGUGAACUACAAAGUAGGCACCAUGAUUGAAGUCCCUAGAGCUGCUCUGGUAGCAGAUGAGAUUGCCAAGGAAGCAGAGUUCUUCUCCUUUGGGACGAAUGAUCUUACUCAGAUGACAUUCGGGUAUAGCAGAGACGACGUGGGCAAGUUCCUCCCUGUCUACUUGUCCAAGGGAAUCCUCCAACACGAUCCAUUCGAGGUGCUCGACCAGAAGGGCGUUGGCCAGCUUGUGAAGAUGGCUACAGAGAGAGGCCGUGCUGCUAGGCCGAGCCUCAAGAUCGGGAUAUGUGGAGAGCACGGUGGGGAGCCUUCGUCCGUGGCCUUCUUUGCAGAGGCCGGACUAGACUAUGUCUCCUGUUCGCCUUUCAGGGUGCCUAUUGCAAGGUUAGCUGCAGCUCAAGUUGUUGCUUGAGACAAGAAUGUUUGAAGGAGGCAAUCUUCUAGCAUUUCCAGUUUAAAUUGUGUAUAAAUAAAACUAGUGCUUUUUCAAAGUUUAAUAUUACAUAAUUAUUUCCUCUCUAUUUAGGAGAGGAAGCACAUUCAAAGAAGGGAAAAAAGAAAGGUUCGAUUGUACAUGUAAUCUCAUAGUAACUUGUUUGCAAAUAAAAGAUGUAACUUGUUUGCAAAUAAAAAAUAUACUAACUUGUUUGCAAAUAAGAAAAUAGUAGUACUAUAUGGUAGUAUUUCUUCUUUACAUGAUCAUAUGUGGUAUUGCUUCUUUACAUGA